GAAAAUCGCUCUAACAGCUUCAACAGCCUCAACCGCACAACUAUCUUUCUGUUUUUUGAUUCGCACUAGUAGAUAACAGACAGGCACCGUUGUGAUCACGGACAUCACGGAUUAGAUUGUGAUAAUGUUUAAUGACACGGAGUAACCAAAAUUAGGUUAUCAGUAUAGAAAUCAGUUUCGAGUGUGUUGUAAUUUGAUAGACCUACAAUUUGUUCCACAGACUUUGGACACCGUGAUUUCUCGAUGGGCUCCUUACUUAUAAUUUUUUCUGUUGCAGUCUGGUGUACGACCGUGUGACGGGGAAUAUUUCAAAGUGUUUUUAUGAUUUUUUAAUGCAACAUGGUUUCUAGGAAACAGAUGGGAGCAAUGUGUUUGUCAAAGUGUGAUGCUUUUUUGCGUACUAGUGUUUGUACAUUUUAUUUAUUUGUUUUUUUGGCAGUUCAUAUACAACAUGCGGACUCUAGUCAUAUCACAGGCACUUGGAAUACAAAAGACUUCUUUAAAUUCCUGAUAAAAUUUGGUUUUAAAAAGACGGACGUGCACAACUCGAAAGAUACUUCGGGAUACAUUUUUGGCAAUAUUACUGCCAAGACGAAUUUUACUCAGAAUGUGACGUUUGCAGUGCUGGAUAGAGGGUAUUUUUUAGAAUAUUAUGGAAAUAGAAGUAUUGUAAAUAAAGAAAAAGCCUGUACCCAAAUGUUCAAUAAAAUCAGCACCAUCGCAUACGACUCAGUUUGCUAUGAUCAAGGGGAGGAUUUCUUGAGAAAAGUUCCAUGUUCUAAAGGGAGUGUUUGUGUGGAUGAAGAUGCGCCUUGGAACGUAGUUAAGGGACAUCAGUUCACAUUUGUAAUUGAGGAUUUAAUACAGCCAAGGUUCUGGUACAUAAGCUUAGUUGCAUGCUACAGGAACCUGUCUACAUGCAAGUGGCAUCAUAUUGAUCAGGACUCAGAGCUGGAAUAUGACAUCUGGCUUGUGAAUGGAAAUCCAAAUGUCAGCAGCUUUAAUCCUUUGGUGUACCAGUUUUCCUUUGACAGACAGGACACAGUGGAACUGUAUCUCGUAUUCUUCCUGUGCUACCUUGUACUGGUGCCACUUCAGGUGUAUGCUGCCAUGCGCCAACACCAUCCUGUGACGCGCCUUUUUACUGCCAGUCUCAUUUUGGAGUUCCUAGCUCUCUGCCUUAUCCUGCUGCAUGUCUUUAAAUUCUCUUUAGAUGGAACUGGCUUUCAUCAACUGGCUGUUGCUGGUGACAUCUUAGAUAUUCUUUCUCGGACAACAUUCAUGUUGCUGCUUCUGCUUCUGGCCAAAGGCUGGGCUGUUACAAGAUUGGAAUUUACAUGGAAGCCUUUGGUGUUUGCAAUUUGGUUUCUUUAUGGUGUGGUACACAUCUUGCUGUACAUCUGGAAUAUGACGGAAGUGGAUAUAAUUGAAGAUAUAGAUGAAUACCAAACAUGGCCUGGUUGGCUGAUAAUUUGUUUCCGAACAAUGAUCAUGGUUUGGUUCCUGUUUGAGCUGAGGAAUACCAUGAUGUAUGAACACAACACCCAGAAACUUAAUUUCUUCCUUCACUUUGGGGCAUCAGCAUUGGUCUGGUUCAUCUACCUGCCCAUCAUAGCACUUAUUGCGUUGCAAGUGUCAGCUCUUUGGAGGUUCAAACUACUCCUUGGAAUAACAUACUCUGCAGACUGCUUGGCGUAUUGUGUUAUGACUCAUCUGCUCUGGCCUACGAGAAGCGAACAGUAUUUCCUGUUGGCUGAAGACGCGGACCUCAGCGAUGAAUUAGAUGAAUUCAACGAGGCUCCACAUGUAAUUAAUAAUUACAUAGCACUGAACAAUCACCAUCGUCUUCAUCACCACCAUAAUGCUCACUCAGAACCACCAGACCUUACAAAAGUAAUCACAUGAAUCAAUUCGUUUCUUGUGAAAUUUUAUGUGCCACAUGAUCAUGUUAAACACUUGUUAAAGAAGGGAGAAUCCAGAAGGGUUUACACUGCAGCUUGAAUAUGGUAUAAUAGGGUUUUUACUGUGACAGUCGUUAGAAAUUUGAUCACUUCAGAGAGAGUGACAUCCUUCCACUGAUGAGAUUAAUUCAUAGUUAAUAUUGAGAGGUAUAUUUUAUGGUUCAUGCAUCAUUAUUUGAUGAACCUUUGAAACACUUAUAGUCUGGUGGCCCCAUACAUUUUUGUGUGUAAAAAUGAAGUUGUUUUUAAUACUUCUCAUUAUGGGUGUUUGAAAUGAGAAAAGGGGUUACCUGAUUUCUGACAUGAACCUUGAGAUUUAUUUUGGAAAAUAUUUGACUACCGGUAUGACUUUGCAGAUGUAAAAAUAUACAUAUGUGUUAUAUAUUUAGAGAGGCAGAUUUACAUUUUGAAAGACAAAAAAUUUGUUCUUCAUUCUAAACAUUAAAUUUGAAUCAAGUCUUCAAGUUUCUGAUUCUCCAGCAUGUUUCAGGCUUUACUUUUUUGUAGGCAUGUCAAUCAGAAUGAUUCUCCAUAUAUAUGUUAGUUAAAAAAAUUGUUUGCAGGAUAUACCAUCCUUCAUGAAACAUGUACAAAAAUACUGACUACUUCAAAACUGAAGUUGCAUCAUGCUUCCAUGUGAAGCUUCUGUCUUGACACACAUACUAUUAUACCUUUGUGAACAUCCCUGUAUCAAGGUCCUGAUCCUUAAGAAACCAAUCUGCGAACAAAUGUUACGGAGGUAGUGCUGAAUUUGACAUGUGAGUUGCACUGUUUAACCCUCUUCAAUCCUUUUUAUUUCCAGCCUUGCUCCUACAAAUUAGUUUUUACAAAAAUGAAAAAGAAAAGACACUUUGGUAUGGAAAAUAUAACUCCUGCCAUAUGUAGUUCUUAUAUGUAAACUACUACUGGAGGGGAUGUCAGUGAAUGGAAAGAGCAAAGAAGAAAUGAUCAGAAUGUGAUAUGGCUGUAAAUUCAUAAGUUGGUGGCACAAGGUUAUGUUAGUGGGCUGUAUUGGAAAAGUGUGAUGUCAGAAGGCUAGUGACAUGAUGAGAAAGGGUUAAGAGGUUAACUGGUCUGUUAGCAUCAGGAUAUAGUACGUGUAAUUAUCACAUCAGAGAGAUAAAUAUGACAUAAGAAUAACUGAUACUGAAGUAGUAUAAUAGUAUACAUUUUUCAGGUCAGUAUUGAAAUCCUUUAAUUUACUUUGCAUCUGACUGUUGAUAUAUUGAUUGACAUUCUCAGUCUUUGUUCAAGCCAAGUCAGUAUGCCGAUACCUAAAUGUCUUACUGAAAGAGGUUAUGUUACGUGACUCAAUUGUCCUGUCAUAAUGAAAACAUUUUGAUACAGAACAUGUGAUUACUCUUGGUACAUAUCAAUAGAUGAUAGAAAUCAAUUCUGUAGUUACAGGAACACACUGUUACACAUUACAAGAUAUAUAUACAUGAUAUUACUGUACAAGAGAAAUUGAGUAGAAGUUUUUGAGUACCCUUAUACACCAUUAAGGAUAAUAUUCUUCAAUAAGAUAUUCAGACAUUAUUAACAAAGGAGCCCAUAAUUAUUUUGCCAGUUCCGUGAUAUUGUUUGAUAUUUAUGUUAACAUUAUUGUUACAGCUGUACAGUUUUCAUGACUUCUUAUAGUUCAAAUUUAAGACUUCAAGUAACAAACUCAUGCCUUUAAUAGUGAAUGUUGAUGUCAUAUUUUGUACCUUCAGUUUAUAUAGUCCUUGCAUCCCGGUGCACAUUAAAUUGCUGACACAGGUAUUUAUAAGGCACUUAAACAAAUAUUGCGCACAGUCUGGUGCUAUAUAUUAUGGACUGCUUUAUGAAAGAUUUCAAACCCCUUUGGGUUCUUCAGCAUGCCUCCAGAAAGAAAUCUUAUUUUUGAAUAGUCUCCUUUGAUUUAAAAUUCAUUAUUUAGUGUCAUUACUGCCUGUAUGUUAUAAACAGCCAAUUUCUGAGUUUACCUAUGUUUUUUUUUUUUGCAUUCAUUCCAUUAUCAAAAUUUAAUUAUUUAACAGACUUCAAUGUAAUUUUUAAUGUUGUAUUCAGAAUGCAUGUCUUUGCUCCAUUAAACAAGGAAGAGACAUGAAGUUUGUAAUUGUUGACACUGGUCUCUUGACUUAUUUUUAACAAUUAUACAUUUUUUCAGUAUUGUUAGUUACAUGUAAAAAGAAAAGCAUC